CAUAAUGAAAAUGAGUUAAUGACUAUUUUAACGUGAUUUUAUAGAAUUAUUUGUAUGUUUUCUAGAGAUAAAAAAGCGCCUCAUUUCCUCCUCUGAAAAUUGGAACAAGGAUCUGCACAUAAUUCAUGGAGAAUUCAUGAAUACCUUCCAAUCAAUUGUCCUAAAUCUUGUUUAUGUGUGAGCGAUAACCGGUAUCAGGUUAAUUAAUUGUGUUAAGGUAAGGAAUCCUGAUUGACACCUGCCGUGGUGAAGAUGACGACUAGUCAUGCAGGUUCUUCUUCACGAAGAAGCAUGGCGUUAACAACUUCGUCGUCUCAAAGGAGGAAUGGUUCUGAAAGGGGAACCCCUGAUCGCAGAUCCCUUGUUGCUUCUCGUUCCAUGGGACUAACGGGAGAGCGUACAGUGAAGCGUUUACGUCUCUCAAGGGCCUUGACAGUACCUGAAACCACAAGCAUCUAUGAAGCAUGUCGUAGAAUGGCUUCUAGAAGAGUUGAUGCACUUUUGGUUACUGAUUCAAGAUCUUUACUUUGUGGAAUAUUAACAGAUAAGGACAUUGCAACAAGAGUAAUUGCUCGUGAGAUUGAUUUUGAGAACACGCCUGUGUCAAAAGUGAUGACGAAAAACCCCCUUUUUGUACUUUCUGAUACUCUUGCUGUUGAAGCCUUACAAAAGAUGGUUCAAGGAAAAUUCAGACACUUGCCAGUUGUAGAACAUGGACAGGUUAUUGCUUUGCUUGACAUUGAAAAAUGUUUAUAUGAUGCAAUUGCACGUAUGGAACGUGCAGCUGAAAAGGGGAAAGCCAUAGCAGCUGCUGUUGAAGGUGUUGAGAAGCAUUGGGGAUCUUCUGUUUCUGGUUCCAACACAUUUGUUGAAUCACUGCGUGAACGGAUGUUCAGACCAUCUUUAUCUACUAUAAUCUCCGCGAAUCCAAAGGUUGUCACAGUUUCACCAUCUGACACAGUGGUAACAGCAACAAAAAAGAUGCUCGAGUGUCGCAUGAGCUCUGCUGUUGCAACUAUAGAUAAAAAACCAGUAGGGAUUUUAACAUCAAAAGAUAUCUUAAUGAGAGUGAUAGCACAAGAUCUUCGCCCCGAACUCAUCUCUGUUGAGAAGGUAAUGACUCCAAAUCCAGAAUGUGCUACACUUGAUACACCUAUUGUCAAUGCCCUACAUAACAUGCAUGAUGGGAAAUAUUUACAUCUUCCUGUAGUCGAUAAAAGAUGGUUUGGUGUAGAGGGAGUUGUGGUUGCUAUUGUGGAUGUACUUCAUAUAACUCAUGCUGCGGUAGCCACAGUGGGGAAUACAGCUGGGAUAGAUAAUGAAACUGCAAGUUCAAUGAUGCAAAAGUUUUGGGACUCUGCCAUGGCAAUAUGUCCCGGAGAUGAUGAUGAUGAUCUAAGGAGUGAGAGCUCUGUGAGAUUGGUUUCGGAAGCAGGAACAAUGAAAACUCUUCCGUAUCCUUCAUCAACAAUACCCAAUACGUUUGGUUUCAAGAUCCAAGAUAAAAGGGGUCGGAUGCAUAGAUUUAUAUGUGAUACUCGAAGUUUGGCGGAUCUUAUAACUGCAAUACUUCAGAGAGUAGGUGGUGAGAUUGACCGUAACAACCUUCCACAGAUUCUGUAUGAAGACGAAGAUCAAGACAAGAUCGUACUGGUAACAGAUGCUGAUCUUGCUGCAGCUGUUGACCAUGCAAGAUUAUCCGGGUGGAAGGGUUUAAAAUUGCAUCUAGAUUAUUCUGGGGUACCUAAACGUAGAAAAGGGUCUUCCACAAAAGGACGUAUUAUGGAGUUUACUCAAGGAGAUGCAUGGACCACUGCAUAUAGUACAGUUGCAGCUGGAGCUGCGUUAGUUGCCGGUUUAGGCAUGGUUGCCUUUUUGAGAAGAGCUGGUGUUUAAAGAUUAUUUUCAGCACAUUCCCGGACUUUUCUUGAAGCAUAUAUAUCAUUGAGAAUUGAUGAUAUGAAACAAAG